AGUAGUCAGUGGCAGGAGUUAGAAAUGUUGUUCUUGAAAAAUAAAGAGCUAACUAAGCUCAAUGUAGAAAACUAUACCGUGAUAAUACCCAGCAUUUGCGUUGGAAAUGCCGCACAAUUGGCCUGUGAUCUGCUGAUUGCCUCCAAACAGCUGCGUCGCAUUGGCAGUUUAUCACAUCCCGCUCUGAUUCCUGUGCACGGGCCUUCGGCUUAUCAGCACGAGCCAGACGAUCGUGUGGCCUCCUGCGAACUUUACGAGGGCUCUGAAGAUAAACUGUUGGUAGUACAAUUUCGUGCUCCAUUCGUAUCGCGCCAUGUCUCUAGUUUUCAGCGUGAAUUAGUUGAUCUUCUGAAGGAUGCACGACGAGUUGUAAUCCUAAGCGGCAGUUUUGGAUUCGAGCGACGUGUCAUCGAGAGCUCCCCAUAUGCCUACCGUGCUAGUGACCGAUUUAAGUUAGAACACGCCACACAGCUCAACAAUUCCGCAGUCGUCCAAUGGAAGGAGCACACUGGGGAUCUUAUUUACGGUGGUGGCAACGGCUUACAGCUGUACAAAGCUUUUGAGCAACAAAAUGUGCCGGUUAUGCUGUUAUUCCGUUAUUUACUCGAAGGGGACAACAGCACGGAUGCUUCGCUGAUUGUGCGCGAGCUGAAUGAAUUGUGCGACGAUUUCCUCCAGCUGCGCGGCAGCGGCGAUGGUGGAUUCAAGCUGACUGUGCCCAAGUCCUGGAACCUACUCUUUGGCAAUGAUGUCACAGAGUUGCUGUUUUAAUUUAAAUUUAUAUAUAUUUUUGUGUGGACAGAUUAAACAAAAAGCUAAUCUUUUGGUGUAGGAUAAUAUAUGUUGCUCGCAUUGUGCUCUUUAAAAUA